AUUUUAGACAUGAGCACAGAUUUACUUGUUAUGGGAGCUUCCCUGUUCAUUAUGAACAAGAUCGACUUUAAGGAUCCAGUGAACGCACACUACGCAUUGAUUGGUUAUGGAAUCGUACAGGUCAUCACAGUAGCCGUCUACUUAUAUAUCUACCAGACCAUUGCCUCCAAGCCAAAGAACAACAACAAGAUCGAUAUCCAUACUCCUGCCUCUCUUGGUCAAGAUCAAUCAAACAAUAGGGCCAAGACAGAGAGAAUGACUAUUGAGGAGUAUGAUAUGGCUCAGGUUAAGAAGAUCGCUAUGAACGUUGUUAUUGGUAUCCUGUUGCCACUGUUCCUUUACAACAAGUGGGGAAUCAUUCAACCUCUUGCCUUUAACAUUCUGUUUGGUCUCCAGAACUUGUACAAGAACAACUUGGUCAAGGUCUACAUCUUUGGCAAGGACAUCCCACGUCCAUUCGUCGAGGCCAACCCAUUGGCCGGCAUGUUUGGCGGUAUGGGCGGCGCUGCCCCAGAGGAGCAGGCCAACACCACCCGCAGCAGUGCCGACUCUGGCAACAUCGACCUCGGUCAGAGUGAGCAACUGGAAUCCAGCGCCAACAAGAAGACAGAGAAGGCCGCUGCCAAGGCCAAGAAGACCAAGAAGAUCAUCGAAGUCAACAGUGACGACGAGGAGAAGGUCUCUGACGACGAAGACGACAGCAGCAGCAAGAAGUCUCCACAAAUGCGCAGAAAGAAG